UCUCACCCCUUGGUCGCCUCAGCCCUCACUGCGUGCGUGCGUGUGUCCAGGUUGAGUGUAAGAAGGCGCAGCCCAAGGAGGUGAUGUUCCCUCCGGGGUCGAUCCGUGGCCGUGCCCGGGCCAUCCCCUACGCCAUGGAUGCCUUCAUGCUGGGCAUGGGCAUGCUGGGUAAUGGAGCAUGGGCGGGCUCGCACGGCAUGCUGGGCUACCCAAGCUUUGCAGCUGCGUACACCGGCCGGGGCUAUCCCAGCCUCCCUCCUGCUUACGGAUAUCACUUCCCCGGAUUCCCUGCGGCUGCAGCAUAUGGUCAGGUGACGGCGGCCAUGACAGCGCGUGGAGCGGCGGCCUUCCCCGACUACGGCUUCUACGCGUCUCCCGGUGACCACCGUGCCGGUGCCGCCGCCGCCGCCGCUGCCGCGGCAGCAGCCGCCGCGGCCGCCACGGCCACGGCCACCUUCUCCUACGCCGAGUACGGGGGGGGCGGCGGGGGAGGGGGGGGCGGGGGGGGCCCGGCGAUGGGGGGCGGGCGCCCGGCGCUUCACCGCGGCGAGCUCACCGCCGUGGUGCCGCCACCGCCGCACCACCACCACCACCAGCAGCACCACCACCACCACCACCAGCAGCAGCAGCAGCACCACACGGGGCCCGCCGGGUCACCGAUGCAUCAGCCGCCGCCCAGUAGCCACGACGCGCUCACCAACGCCGUGCUGAGUGCGUACGCCGGUCAGCCCGGCUUCGGAGCGCCCCCCUCUCCCGCGGGGCCCGGGGCAGCCCGACCCGGCGGUUUCCCCGGCCCCACCAGCCCGGGUCCCAUGGGCGAUGUGUACGGGGCAGGCCCCCCGGGGCCCAGCCAGGACGCCGGGGGGGGCGGCUACGUGGGGGCAGGCAGCCCGCAGCCUGCGCAGGCCUUCUCACACAGCCUGGGGGGUCCGCUCAUAGCGACGGCUUUUACCAACGGAUACCACUAAGAGGCUGUGUUGGUCUACGAUGCGUGGACCCGGGUAGGGGAUGAAGAGCCCCACCACCACCACCAUCAGCACCACCAGCACCACCACCACCUCGCCGCCACCUCGCCCCAUGACAUCUUCAUCAAUGUAUAACGCUGACGCUGCAGCAGCAGCAGCAG